AACUUUUGAACUUUACUGGAGAAUGCGGAUUAGAACUUAAUUUCCUUUUUCUUUUUCAGUUACCAUGGCAACUACCAGAGUUUGUCUGCUGCUGUCGGUACUGUUGCCGGCUGCUCUGUGUCAGGGUGACAGUCAUCAGUCAGAGUGUCAAAAAGCGGCACGGGCUUCUAGGUCGGACAAGUGCCAGACACCUGACAUUUCUAACCUCAAGUUCACACUCUCAAGUCACAGGAACCAAACCGGUCACUGGGUUGCACAGGUGAAGCUGGAGCACGGCGGUGAACAGGGGCACACCGGCUCGGACCACAGUGAGACCGGCUUAUGGCACGUCGAUUUGGAACAGACUAGUACGCAGUGUGAUGGCAGCCAUUCUGUUCAGACUGUGGCUUCAAUAACAGCACCUCCCCCCGGACCCCCUCUGGGCUACCACCCACCAGGGUACGAACUGUUCCCCGGUGUGGGCUACUAUAAGUUUCACAGAACUCCGAAGACUUGGGAUGAAGCAAGACGGAUCUGCCAGCAGGAGGGCGGAUAUCUUGUUGUCAUAAAUUCUGAAGCCGAGUCCAAAGUGAUGCAAAAUUUCUUAGAUGGAGCGAGAAAUAUAAAAGGCGCUAACCACAACGACUACGCCUUCGUUGGAUUCCACGACCGAUUCGUUGAAGGCGAAUACCUCACCGUGUUUGGAAAGCCUUUGAGCAGCACGGGGUUCGCGCGCUGGGCAUCUCUCCAACAGCCCGACAACGCAGGAGGUAAUGAGAACUGUGGAUCAAUCCAUCGGAACGGCGGUUUGAACGACAUCCCGUGUCCAUGGAAACUCCCAUUCUUCUGCGAACAUAAGACCUGGUGACACAUUUCAACCUCCUUGAGAAUGCAGUGUCGGAAAUUGUGAUGUGUUGACUUUCAAGAGCGGAACUUUUCGACUUCUUACUCUACUGAGCUCUCUGCAGCAAAAAUGUCUCUUUCUUUGUUUGUAUUCGGAUGCAGUUUGUACUGAUUAUAUAAAGUCUGAACUGUGGAAAUUA